GAGGAGGAGGAAGAGGUGGUGGUGGUGGAGGAGGAGGAGGAGGAGGAGGAGGAGGAGGAGGAGGAGGAAGAGGCUGGCUUUCUUGGCAGGCGAAAGGCGCGCCCAGCCACCUCCAGCUUCCACCAUGAGUCCGGCGUGAGCGCAGCCGAGGGCGCACGGACAUCUCCAUGGUGCAGGACGGCGGCAUGUCACGCACACCUUACAGCUCCAGCCAAGACAUCCAGAUGGAGGUCUUGGACAACCCGGGCCUCCAGGGGAAAUAUAGCAAAAGGAAGAAUCGCUUCAAACGCUCCGAUGGCAGCACCUCAUCUGACACGACUUCAAACAGUUUCGUCAGGCAGGGUUCUGCUGAGUCCUACACCAGUCGGCCCUCUGAUUCCGAUGUGUCGUUGGAGGAAGAUCGUGAGGCCCUGCGCAAGGAGGCAGAGCGCCAAGCCCUAGCACAGCUGGAGAAGGCAAAGACCAAACCAGUGGCAUUUGCUGUGAGAACGAACGUGGGCUACAAUCCAUCUCCCAAUGACGAUGUGCCGGUCCAAGGCCUGUCUAUUUCCUUUGAACCCAAAGACUUCCUUCAUAUCAAAGAGAAAUACAACAAUGACUGGUGGAUCGGACGCCUGGUCAAAGAAGGCUGCGAGGUCGGCUUCAUCCCCAGCCCCGUCAAGCUGGAGAACAUGCGGAUGCUACAGGAGCAAAAGAUGAGGCAGCACCGACUCAGCUCCAGUAAAUCAGGAGACAACUCCACCUCCAGCCUGGGAGAUGUGGUGACUGGCCCCCGGAGACCCACCCCGCCUGCCACUGGUACCUUGGACAUGACUAACUUAGCUUAUGACCCAGACGCCCUUGACUUAGAGGAGGAGGAGGAGGCCACCGAGGAGAACCACCGAACCCCCAAGACUAGUGUUAGCAGCGUCACCACGCCCCCCUCCACCACCAAGCGCCGCCCCUUCUUUAAGAAGGCGGAGCAUGUGCCACCCUAUGACGUGGUUCCUUCCAUGCGGCCCAUCAUUCUUGUAGGCCCAUCCUUGAAAGGGUAUGAGGUGACAGACAUGAUGCAGAAAGCUUUGUUUGAUUUCCUGAAACGCCGAUUCGAUGGCAGAAUAUCCAUCACACGUGUGACAGCUGAUAUCUCCUUGGCCAAGCGCUCUGUCCUCAACAACCCCAGCAAACACACCAUCAUCGAACGCUCCAGCACCCGCUCUAGCCUGGCUGAAGUGCAGAGUGAGAUCGAGCGCAUCUUUGAACUGGCCCGCACCCUGCAGCUGGUAGCCCUGGAUGCAGACACCAUCAAUCACCCGGCUCAACUGUCCAAGACCUCAUUAGCACCAAUUAUCGUCUAUAUCAAGAUAUCCUCCCCCAAGGUGCUGCAGAGACUGGUGAAAUCGAGAGGCAAAUCCCAAGCCAAGCACCUGAAUGUGCAGAUGGUGGCAUCGGACAAACUGGCACAGUGCCCCCCUGAGAUGUUUGACAUUAUCUUGGACGAGAACCAGUUGGAAGAUGCCUGCGAACACCUGUCUGAGUACCUCGAAGCCUAUUGGAAGGCCACGCACCCUCCCAGCAGCAACCCGCCCAAUCCGCUGCUGACCCGCACCAUGGCGACGGCUGCCUUGGCUUCCAGCCCCGCCCCGGUCUCCAACCUCCAGGGACCCUACUUAGUGCAUGGGGAGGAGCCGCUCGACCCAGAGCACACCAGCCUGCACGACUAUGCAGGGCAGCCGGCUGGGCACGGCCAGAUCCGCGCCGCGCCGCCCCCUUCCCACUUUGCCACCCGGGGCCUUUCCCGCCAGGACACCUUUGAUUCGGAGACGCAGGGCAGCCGCGACUCUGCCUACACCGACCCAGCGGAUUCCUGCAUGGACAUCGAGACCGACCCCUACGAGGAGCCGGAGCCCCGUCGCGCCCACUGCCUGGGCCUCCGCCGACCCCAGGGGUCCUGGGAACCCGAGGAGCCAGAGCAGCACCGGGGCCAGUUCCGGGGGCACCGCCACCCCCAGCACCAGAGCUCCUGGGAGGCCGAGGAGCCCGACCGGCAAAACCACAACCGGUCUCUCCGCGGGCACGGCAAGGGGCGGGAGCGCUAUUGCCAGAGCGAGGAGGAGGAGGGCUUGCGCCGCAACCACAACGACGUAGAGGACUGGGCACGAGACGCCUAUAUCCGCUAAGGCCCUGAGGGGCAGGGCUUUUAUCCGCUGAGGGAGAGGCCUCUUCCCACGCAGAGCCUUGGGGACAGGGGCUGUCUUCAGUUGCCUGGCACCUGGGUGUAGGUCCAGCCUCUCAGGAGGAUUGUCCUUCACCCACCAAGCGGUUUGUGGGCAAGCAUAUAGCGUUUGCGCCUCAGAAGCAGCGCCAUCGCUGGCCGGGUCUGUGCGUGAACUCCCUUUCCUCGCCACCCUUGUCUGGGGACACUCUCCAACCCCCCACCCGCCCCUCUGCCUUGCCAUUUGUGCCAACAAUCUCUUGGACCACCCUCGUCCUGCCAGCCAGCCAGCACUGCCUGGCCUUUUCCCUCAAGGUCACAAAUAAUCACAUAUACCUUAAAUAACGAAAGCUCCCCUCUCUCCUCAGAGGCCCCCUCGUGGACCUGGAGAGGGAGAGGGCCAGUCUCCACUGGUGCCUGGAAUCACCCCAACACUUGAGUGGCAGUUGAGGUAGACCAGCUGACUGUGUGCUUGCUGGCUGCCCCUCCUGAGAUGCUGCGUGCCUCGCCCCAUGCAAGGCCAAACUGCUCCCAAAUGAAGAAUCCGGCCCUCUCCCCUCUAUAGGUUUACACCAUCAUAGAUCUCUUCCUUUGCCUGUCUUGUGGUGCUCUCCUGGCCCAACCGCUGGGGUGCGGGUGGGUGGGAUGGAGGAGAGGCAGGGGGAGGAGUAAAAACCAUCUCCUAGUUUUUCAUCACAGGAUCAGGUUCCCUGCCCGAUCCUCUCCAGUGCCUACGAAAGAGAAAUCCAACCCCGGCCACCUUAAACUCUCCAGUCCGACCCAUCCUCCAGUGCCUCAGCUCACGAUCCUCUUGGAUGUAUGUCACCUGCUGGGCAGAUCCUGGGCAUGCAGGGUGUGUGCAUGUGUGUGCGUUGUCGUGUGCCGCGCUUGGCAGGGAGAAAGGCUCUGGACUCUCCGUGUUCAUAACCAGCUGUGGUUUUGCUCUUAACACUGAGUUGGGAGACCUGUUUCCGGCACGUGUGAUAGCUUGGCCUGGGGUGUUUCGCAGGUGAAAAAUAGGAAGGUGUUCCCACCAUUCUGAAACCAGAGAGGUGAAGUGAUCCUUCCUGACUAAAAAUGGCCACCUUGCUUACAUUUGCUGAAGGUGUGCUGCCUUCGCUCACAGCAGGAAACUGAAUCCAUCCCACUGUUGCCUCUUCCUUUCGGAGGGUUGUCGUUGGGUUAGAAUUUCCCUUUCCAUCAAGACUCGGGGAAACCAGCCUGUCUCUGUCUUGCGAAAUCAGUUUUGCCAGUGUGUGCCGAGAGGAGCCAGUAGCAAUUGCUGCUGUGCGUGGUUCUUGUAUAUCUGCAGUUUAAGCACAUGGCUCCCACUGGAAAGAAAUGAAUGGGGGGAUGGAUAGAGUGGGCCGCACAGCCGUUAAAUGCAGUCCUUUAUCUGCCAACACUGACCCCUCCUGUGCCUGCUUUGGAGCUCGGGACCAAGUGGAUCUGCAGUGGCUGUGAGUGGCCUUCAGCCUAGAGAUUUUGUCCCUCCUUCUAUAAACCCCAGAGGGAAAAUAGUAGCUGUGGUUGCUUCUCCAAAUGUCAGCAGUACCCCAGUAGGUUCCAGCUUACCCAAGCUCAGCUUUUGGGCUCUGCUCUUGUGCCAAAAUCUGCCCUUAAGUGCAAAGACCACACUUUUGAAGGCUGACCCUUCACCCUUGCUCAGAAUGUAACCGACACCCUUGACAUCUGAAUGCAACACACUUCUGGAGUUUGCCUUUCCCCCCCAGACAUCUGACAACUAUGUUCCACCUUCUCUUGAGGCUGCUAAGAUAGGGUUUCGGGUAACUGGGGUGUUUUUUGUUUUCGUUUGUUUAGCGAUGUACAUUUUAUUUGCGACAUAAUUCCCACAAGGCUCCCUGACCCAACUGAAGCCCAUCCUCUGUUUCCAUCAUCCCCUUCUUCCCUGUGUGGUUUGUAGCUCAGUCUCCAUUAAAACAGCACUGCUGACUUCAGCAUGAAUGUAAAAUUAUUUGAGGUGAAGAAACUGGAAACUUGAUCUUCAGGCAGAAAAUAACAUGUGAAACAUGGCCUUAGAUCAGCCCUUCAGGCCUUACCUGGGCUAAAGCUCUAGAGAGCUUGGCAUUUUCAGCUAAGCGGGAGAAAAAGACGCUUAAUGUGGCCUAUGACCUAAUCUACAAGUGCACCUGACAGGAACAUAUGAGUGACGUAAAAUUAAAGGCAAGGUACAAGAACUAAUUGCUAAUGCAAAAUGCAGGUUGGAAAUUGGAAACCUUGCUGGCGUGGGGUGGAGCCUGCCCUUGUUGCCAGGAGGAUAGUGGACUUGAUAUCUUUCUGUUCUUCAGUGAAUCCAUCCCUUUCCCAAAAAAACCCCAACAAUUUGUAAUUCCCACAGACAUUGCCAGAUACUGUUGGUCCUACUGUUGGGGGUGGGGGCAAUAUUCUGUUAGGGUUGCUGGUGUUGUUCCCAUAUUUUAAGCUGCUGUCCCUUAUCCCAGAGCCUUGUACAUCCACCGCACUUUAAUGGACAUCCUUUAUAUCAAACACCGCAGUUCAAAGCGUUGCUUGUUUUAGAAAUAUUGACCUGGGAGCCUUGGAAGUCCUUUGCGUGUUGAGACAUAAAAGACCUUGGAGACAGGAAUAAAACACCUGAGUUCCUUAGGUCCAAUUUAGCUUUAGGUUGUUUCGUUUUGUGCCACGAACAGGGGAUUUAAAAUAAAAAAGGACAAAAGUGGACCUGGUAUACCUUCAAGUUUGCUUCUAUGGUGGAUUUCACAUGUCUGUCUCUCUCCCCUACUGUUUUUAAGAGACACAAAUUCACAAGGUCAAGUGCUCUCUACACAACGUUCCCCCCCCCCAAAAAAAAACUCAGCCUUUCUUGUUAGGCGAGAGUUGUGAAAGACCAGCAAAGAUAAAUAUGGCAAAGAGGAUUUGAACAAUGAGAAAUUUGUAGCUUAACAAGUUAUUUUAAGAGAGUGUAUUUUAUAUUAUUUAUUCUUAGCAUUGUUCCGUAGGGUAGGGAUUCCUUGGCCAAACUUGAAUUCUUUGUAGUAAAUAGCUUCACCAGAAACCCUUAUAACUGGAGGUACUGCAUAAAGUGGGGAGGCAUUUUCAAGAAUGUGCUACUGAGUUUUCAUAUAAUGAAGCAUGACCAGUCCCAUCCCCUGGCUUAUAUUUGCAUCCCUCUGAUUUAUUCUCCACUUUGGGUUGUUUUGUUGUUUAAUUUGGGGGAGGGGGGUUGAGGGGUAGAGAAGGCUAUUGGAUAUAGAGAAUAAAUUCUGCCAUGUCUCUGCCUCGCCAUUAUUACAAUUGAUUUUUCAGUGCUCCAAUGACCCAGCCCCAUUACCAUGGGAAUAAAAGUAUUUUAUAAAAUGCA